CGGAGAAUAUGCCAAUAAGGAGCCUGGCCUUUCACGAUCACAGAUGAAUCCGACUUACUGAAACUCUAGUGCGUCCUUUUAGCAUGUCGAGCAGAAGAUCAUCGGUUUUGAGUAGUGCUGUUCAUACAACAUCGAAACGAUACAGUAUCGACGGUCGUCGCAUAGGUUCAGUAACACUUCCUGGCGUAAAGGGAUCCACAGACGCACUGUUAGAUUUGAGAACAGUGAAUUUGCACUUGGGUGAUAUCAAACGCGUACAAGAUGAAAUUGAAAAGAAAACUGACUUUGAUGAACAUGCCAGCAGUUUUAGAAAAGGAAUGCAAAGUCUUUUGGAUACAAGAUUCUUUAGCACUGUUAUCAUGAUAGUCAUUUUGAUCAACACGCUCAUGCUUGUGCUUUCAACUUGGAGAGGUGUAGAAGUUCGAUUCGAUUACUAUUUUGCAAUUAUUGAUGGAAUAUUUAUGGCGAUUUACGUGGCUGAAUGUGUUCUAAAAAUAUACGUCAAACGGUUGGAAUAUUUCAAAGAAGGUUGGGAUAUCCUCGAUUUUGUAAUUGUGUGCACCAGUAUCUUUGAAAUGCUAGCUCCGUUGACGAUGGGUGCUGGUAGUUUCAGCGGUGGUGGAGCGAGUAUCUUUCGGAUAUUGCGUGUACUACGAGCACUGCGGUCACUAAGAGUGUUGAGAACUAUACGCUUCUUAGAGAAUAUCCAAGUUAUUCUCAUCACAUGUCUGCACUCUUUCCAGUCUCUGGGGGCAAUUAUGACUCUUAUGACAACAUUUCUCGUGAUUUUUGCUGUUGUUGGACGAGGCCUCUUUGCAACUAAAGAUCCCAAGCAAUUUGGUAACUUCUGGUCAGCUUCGUUUACUCUUGUACAACUUCUAACACUGGACGAUUGGUUUGAAAUAUUUACAGGAAUGAGCGACAAGCAAGGAUUUUUUGACAUUCCCGCAUUCUUCUAUUUACUGUCAUACAUCAUCAUUGAAUACUUUGUGUUUCUUAAUUUAUUCAUUGCUGUUUUGGUGGAUAAUUUUCAACUGACAUUGAGGGACAAACUCGUUAGGAAAGCAGAGGAAAAAGAAAGACUAAUGGAGGAAAAGAAAAAGUUGAAGAAACAAAAAGACAAUGAAAGUAUUUCAAAUGGAAGUGAUGGGCAUAUGGAAAUUUUGAAAAGACAAUUUUUCCUCAAUGACGAAGAAGACGACGAUUACAUCGAUACAGAUAAAGAAUAUAAAGAAUUCAUGGAUUCUGCACCAGAUCACGAAUACAACUUAGUUGAAUGGUAUUAUCGUCUCCUAGCUGCAGUCGAGAAACAGACACAUAUGUAUCACAACCAGUGGGCUUGUCAUCAAAAAAUUGCUGAUCUUGUUGUAGAUAACACUGACGACAUCAUCGACCGGAGAUGACAAAUUAAACGAGAAACCAUAUUUUAUUUAUUUUUAUUUUGAAAAGUCAAGCAAAAUAUACACAUGUGAAUAACAAGUGGAUAUAUUA